AUGACGACAAACAGCCGGGUGCAUUUAUACGAAGCCGGAAUCGACACGGCAGCAAUCCCUCAAACAAUCCUGGACGCUAUCUAUGUCACCAUUGGCAUGGGCUAUCAGUAUUUGUGGGUGGAUGAUUUCUGCAUUGUGCAAGACAGCGGGCUGAACAAGGUUACCGAGCUGGGUAAGAUGGCCUCCAUUUACCCAGGAGCCGUCUGCACAAUAUGUGUCAUUGGGGCCAAAGCCGCAACAGAAGGCUUCUUGCGACAGGCCUACCCGGAGCGACUUCUCCGACCAAGACAUCUUUCACAGUCUGAUUCUUAA